GUGGCCAGUGUUCAUAUAAAGUUCAGCUGUCCUGCAGUGAGCAUCUGGAUAUGAUGAAGUGUUUUCUGUCUUCGUUUUUCCAACUUCUGUAUCUUCUAAUAGCAGCUUUAUUAGAAUGCAAAGCUCAAACAGAGAGACUUUGCAUCCCAGAGCAGGUUCACCAGUUGGACAUAAACUGUUUUCAGGGUGAUGACAUGUCUGUUUCUUGUCUAACAACAACCGACCCACUGGAGUCUCUACAAGUAAAACUACGCAGGACCAACCAAGAUAAAGACAUCUUCAUGUAUCCAGACAUCUCUCCAUCAGAGCACCAGAGAUGGUCUGUGAGGAAAGAUGCUGAAAAUGUUACACUUGGUCUGAAAGAAAUCAGAUAUUCUGAUGGUGGCCUUUAUGACUGUAAGGUGUACACGGAUCAGGAUUGCUUCCAUGCAACUCAGUUUAACCUGAGUAUUAUAAAGUGUAAAACUUUGGACUCUGUCCAUCCAACACCAGGCUCGUCAGUGUUGCUGCCAUGCUCUGAACAUCCUCUACAAAACAGAACUGAACAAGUCACUUGGAAAGUUGUUACUGGUCACAAGCCAACAGACAUAGACAAUUAUCACCUACCAAAAAAGUCUUCAAGUAGCAAAGAAAAACUCCCAAAGCCUCUGUAUGAGAGAGUGAGAAAACAAGCGAACGGAUCUCUGCUUAUAAGGGACGUAGUUGACACUGAUCAAAUGUGGUAUCAGUGCAGAGUGAAUGAAAAAACCUGCUAUGAAGUGAAGCUGCUGAUGAAAGCUAAUAAUACAUCUCACUCAACAUCGGUAUUGGAAACAUUUUCCACAACAUUGGUAACUACAGCCUCUGCUGAGAGUCGUUUUGCCCACGCUGAAAGCAACAGUAACAAGAAUGAAACAGCGACAAUUAAUGUGACAGUAGUAGUGAUGACCACAAUAAUGUUUCUGUGUGUCUUCAUAUCACUGACUGCCUGUGUCAUUCUUUAUUUCAAAAAACGAAGGCACAAAACCAACAGCCAAACUCAGUUAAAUGGCCGGUUCUCUAUAUAUUAUUCCCAGGUUGCAGAAGGGUUUGAUGUCCCGUUGUAUUCUUUAGUUGAGCACAACACAGCAACAAUGACCACCUUUGGUGGUGAACAAUCAGAAGCUCCUGAAUGUAAAGCAGAUGAUAUGUAUGAAAAUGUUAUACUGUGAAACAAAUAGUCACGUUUGUAUGUUUAUGUUUUAUGUUUUUUGACAUCAAAGUCUUUAAGUAAUCACUAAUGUAGUAAUCAUGUGGCAUCUGUCUCAAAUAAUAAUAAAGGAAAACAUCU